CAUAAUCUUCAUGGACGGCCCCUGAUCAGUUGGGCACAUCCAACUGCCGAAAUCUUAUCAGAACCCAUUAUAUUAAGCUCAUCCUCCUCUCGAGUGGAAAUCACUUGUGCAAAGAAAAACAAACGCAUGGCUACUCCUCUUGCAACUUUUGUCCCGCUCUGCGAAAAUAGGAGACUUCGCGAAAUCCAGCUCGACCACCAGCUCGCGAAUCUCGCGAGAAUUCGCGGAACCCAGCAGAGUGCAGAUGCCGCGAGGACAGCAGACAUGUACACCGAAUGCGAUUUCAAUUGGCAGUGCCAGUUCGUUCGAUCUGAUUUAUGUUUUUUUUUCUUCUUCUUCUUUUGGCUUUUUCGUGCGUUUGUUAGAGCGGUUGGUGCAGCGCGCAAUGCCCUGGCUUUGGCUGAGAAUGCCUAUUUCUACGAAGGUUUCCGGGUCCUCAACAGAUGGAUGAUAGACGUACAUGACAUGGACGAGGUAGGAGCUUUGAUGGACCUGUUGACUCAAUUUACACGCCCCUAUCCGCUCGAGAAGGUUAGAAUCAACGACCAUGACCCCGAAGGAGGAGCCAUAGAUGCCCAUGUUAUUGAACAGAUGAGGGAGAAACUCGUGAUGGGCGGAUUCGUGCACGACCACGGGAACAUUUACAACAUUCCUCCGGCUGGUGUCCAAGGAGAGGACGAUUAACCACUGGUUUUCUUUAUUUUGCCCUUAAUCUGUACCUUGUACAGUUUGAAUAAGAACUCGUUUUUGCACCUUAUAUUUCUGGCACGGAAUUGUUCCUUGCUUGUCAAUUCAUCAUGUUGUUAUUUUUCCUCAUCUGCUUGCACACUGGAAACAAACAUGUUGGUCUUUCUUCCA